AUGUUUAAGUCAGUAUUCGUCCUCUUUUUUCUGGCGGUGGCUCUGCCAAUAUACUACCGACUACGCUUCCACCCCUUUGCUUAUGUGCCGGGGCCGCUACUUGCUGCUAUUUCGUCCCUCUUUCUUUAUGCUAUAUGCUAUCUUGGCAUCAAGGGCAGCGUGAUACGCGGAUAUCAUGAGAAGUACAAGACCAAGGUCAUUCGUAUAGGCCCCAAUGCCAUUUCAGUGGCCGACAGCAAUGCCGUUCGGGAUAUCUACGUGGCUGGCGGUGGAUUCCUUAAGGAUGCCCGGUAUAAGAACUUCAACCUCGGGCCGGUGGUGUCAAUGUUCUCCUCCAUCGACACAGCCUACCGCGAUAUGAGAGCGAAGGCAGUUGCGCCGCUAUUCUCGCCUGCACGGCUGCGAGAAGAAAGCAGCGCCCAAGGCUCUAUUGGACGACACGUAGCGGACUUUUUGAGCCAGCUCUGCGCAUUUCGGCAAGCGAAGAUUAAGACCGAUAUUUUGGAUCUCUGUGCAAAGCUCUCUAUCGAUGUAGUGUCGGACUACGUGCUAGGUCAACAAUUUGGUGGAUUGACUGAGCACGCAUAUCUGGGCCUAGCUGAACGCCAAACUUCAGAUGCAAAACUCAGCGCCAACGGGUUUAUACACGCCAUCGUGGGAUUUUCUCGCUUCUCGUUACUCCCCAACCCUCUUUUCAAACUCCUCUACUUUGUCUCCCAGAAGAUUAGCUACAGUGACAAAGUGGACAAGUUAUUUGGGAGGAUCCAGGAGUUCAUAGGCCAAGUUAUAAAGCACACGAAGGGAGGCAAGACAACUAAGUCCUACCAGGAUCGUCUCCUCGCAGCAGGCAUAUCUUUCUCAGAGACCACAAUGCAAAGCGAAGCCAUCCUGUUUGCCGGCGGCGAUUCCACCGCCGUCAUGCUGGCCACGAUUCUCUUCCACCUGACUCAGAACAAAGAGGCCCGCGCCCGUCUCCUGCACGACAUCCGCGCCGCACCGCCCACAGCAGACGACAACAGAAAGCCCGACAUCCCCUUUCUGCGCGCGUGCGUCAAGGAAGGGCUGCGCCUGGGAAUGGCGAAUCCUACAAGACUAACGCGAGUUGUGCCGCCUGGCAAAAACCUGACCAUCGACGGCAUCUCCACCACGACCCUGCCAUCUUCCCCGACCCUUUUCUUGAUUGCUUUCGGGGCGGGUCUGCGUGCUUGUCUGGGCAAGAACCUGGCCAUGCAACAGCUGUUGGAGACAGUGGCAGCGGUCGUCGAUAGUAAAGUGUUGGAGGGAGCUCGGACGAGUGAAGAACGGAUAGAGGUUAUUCAGUGGUUUAAUAGUGAUAUCAAGGGUCACCACAUCGACAUAGAGUGGUGA